AUGGGUAUACGGCGCGUGUGGUGGUCGUCGCUGCGGCGGUAUUGGUGGACUCUGGCGGUGGCGGUGGCGCUGCUCGCGGCCCUUUGCCUGCGCUGGCCCGCCGAGUACAACGCGAGCGAUCACUUCCCGCGAGUGCAGCCGCACACACUGGCCCAUCUGCUCGCUGACUUCUCACACCAACCAAAUAUCGGGUCGUGGUCGGUGGUGGAAGACGACAGCAACUACACGACGUGGCGCUACGCGGUGACGUACGAGUGCGGGUCGCGGUGCGCCGGCCGCGCCGCUGUCGAGGCGCACGACGAGCCGCCCCGCGCCACGCCCGAGCACGGCGCCGCCGCGCGCCACCACCGCGUCCACGUGCAGCUGCGCGCUUGCACGACCCUGCCGCUGCUGCCCUGGCCUGUGUUCUGCGACGAGUUGCAGACCGUGGCUCUGGUGGUGCGCAGUGGCGACAGCGGGUCCGAGCUCACAACGGUGUGGCGCGCUCACUGCACGCUGUUGGACGCGGUGCGAGGCGCGUGCGCGAGUGACGCGCGCGCGCACCGCGACGCGCUGCUGCUGCGAGUGCGCGCCGCCCUGCGAGCGUAG